CAAAUAAAUGUAGUGAAGCCACGUUAGUAACACCUAAAGAUUUCUAGCAAAAUGUUUUAUUUAAGAUGGCUUAUGUUUAUGUGGUUUCUUUUGGAAUGUAGCAUUCCAUCUCAGGCUUCUGACGGAAACUGGGGGCCUUGGGAAAACACCUGGAGUAUCUGCACACGAAGUUGCGGUGGAGGAAUAAGAUUAAAAAGAAGAUAUUGUCACCAAGGACCAUCUAAAGAUAGCUGUGAUGGUGAGGCAAUUCAAGCACAGCUUUGCAAUAUUCAGCCGUGCCCCGCCAUCUCCAGCCAGUACGAGUUUAAAGAACGGCAGUGUGCUGCCACAAACACGCAACCUGACCGACUUGGGAGAUAUACAAACUGGGUACCCUUUGAGACAGUACAGAAAAACCGUCAGUGUCAUGUAGUGUGUGUACCGAGAGAAAGCCCUGACCAGAAAGCCGAAGUCAGAGAACAAAGUGCUAUAGAUGGCACUAUUUGUGAACAUGACUCACCUGCCUGGGGAUUUGAUAAAUGUGUAAAUGGAAAAUGCCAGAAAUUCGGCUGUGAUGGAGAACUAAAUUCUGGCACUUUUUUUGACGUUUGCGGAAUAUGUGGAGGUACAGGGAAUUCUUGUAAAAAGUUUUCUGGGAAGCAGACUUCCGGGAAAUUUCAAGAGCAUGUAACGUUUCUAACACUAACUGGAGGUGCGACCAGCAUUAAGAUAGUCAGCAGCAAUGCCUACACUCAUAUUGGGGUUCGGGUGAACGGCCGCUGGUUGCUUGGACCUCACUCUGGUCGGGGAAAAUCACGUCUGUAUGACAGUGAGGGAGUGCACGUGCAGUAUAAAGGUGGUUUGAGUGACAGCGAGUAUCUUUCAAUCAAGUCAAUCCCUAACAAUAUCACUGUCAGUUUCUCGGUGAAGCAAGAGUAUGACAGCACGCAGUAUAAUGGUGUGGAUCCUGUUAUCACUUAUGAAUACUACUUGCCAACCAAUCACGUCGCACCAGCAGCGGUUGGCAGUGUACAGCGCUACAGGUGGAGCCUCCAUUAUAUAACUGGAUGUACGCAGACAUGCGGAGGAGGAAUGCAGCUGGUAAAGGCAUUGUGCGUGGUCGCCCCGGGCGGAUCAAUUGUCGACGAUGUUUUGUGCAACGCCCAAGACAGGCCCACUUCGACAUCACUUUCUUGCAAUACGCAGGCAUGUCCAGCAAAUUGGACACCUGUGGAUAUCAAACAAUGUACCCGGUCCUGCGGGACGCGACAACUAGUGUGCCCUGUGACUUGCGUUAGUCAAAGGUCGGGUAUUCCUGUCAGGGUUUCAAACGACCAGUGUCCUCAAGUGGGAGGGUCAGUCAAUAGUGGUGUGUCCACCUGUCCGUAUAGAUGGGUCACUGGGCACUGGUUUCAGUGUCCAGCAAGUUGUGGUCAGCUUUCAGUGCAGACAAGGCAAGUUAUGUGCGUAGACAUGACGACAAAUGAGAUUACACAAGACGUCUUCUGUCAAUCUUUACAGAGCCCAGCAAGCUUACGUCAGUGUACUGGAAGUUGCUACAAACAAACAAACAUUAUCGGUUGACCACAUUAUUGGUAAUUGUGUUGAGGAUGCAUUUAUUUAUUUAUUUA